AUGUUCGGAGGAUUCGCGCCCCCCCAGCUCUCCGAGGAGGAGAUCAAGCAGAUGGAGUCCGAGGCCAGCUUCAGCGUCCAGCAGGUCCUCGUCUCUGCUGUCCUUCUUUACUUCUCCCCCUUUGCCGUUGACGCCGUCUCCAACUUCCUGUAA